UUAUUAUUAAUAACGUACAGUUUAUCAUGUGGCUUUCGUUGUAUUACGGUAACUGAUCAACAGUCAGUUUGGACGCAUAUGAGCAUCAUUACGGUAACCACGCGGGGUAGCAAACAUGGCGCUGUCCUGUUCAAGACUGUGCAGCCAGUUGUCUUUGAUCCGACUGUGCGGUCCCGGUAUCAACAGGAUAGCCCAUGGCUUUCACUUACCCAACAUGUCUCGUCAGUCCAGACAGGUCCUGUGUAGACACUACAGAUCCUCCGAAGUUAGACGAGGUCUUGGACGAUAUGUCGUCUCCAAGCUCCAGUGGGCAAAUACCAAAUAUGAGGAUUUCCUUAGAAGGCGAUUCCCCCGAUUUUUUCAGCUAUAUCAAACCUUUCUGAAAGGAUUCAAGGUGCUGUUCCAAGAUGCCAAUGAGGUGGGAAGGAUAAGAGCAAAAAUGUCUUAUCACAACAUGGAGGUCCAGGAUUUGCCCUACAGAGAUAUGGAGAAACUCAGAGAGUAUCGCAGAAACCUUAUUAAGGCAAUCCCAUCGGUGAUCUUAUCUAUCCCUCCCUUUGCCAACUACCUUGUUAUUGUCAUAAUGUACUAUUUUCCCCGUCAGUUCCUGAUCCCUGUUUUUUGGACUCCCAAGCAGCACGUAGAGUUUCGGGGGGUGUACCACACCCUCAGGGCCCAGCACCACUUGCCAGUGCUCAAAGGGGUCGAGCGAAUCAGCCACCAGAACAGCAAUGAUCACCUGCUGAGUCGCCUUAAAGAACUGUGUGCUAAAGUGCAAAAUGGAGAAAACCCUGAAGUGUCUGAGAUCCUUGCAGUUCGAAGCCUGUUUGAUGGACCCCCCCUGGGCAUAAGGACGAUGAAUGCCAAUCAUAUGCGACACAUCAGCCGCCUCCUCUUCCUGACGCCACGCCUUCCGGGUUUCCUGAUUUACUGGCGACUAAAGAGUCACGCCGUGGAGCUGCUCCUGCUGGAUCGGGCUCUCAGCAAACUGGGCCCUCACCAGCUGAGCGAUUCCGAACUGAGACAGGCUUGUUAUUUAAGAGGGAUCAAUUCUUAUAGUCUUGAUGUUUAUCAGUGUCGUGAGUGGUUGUCCCAGUGGCUUCAGAUGUCCUCUUCAUUAAAAGAAUCAGAGGUCUCACUACUUUUGCACUGCAUCGUCUUUCUCUCUGCAAACUACCCAAAUCCCCCCAGCAGCCACAAACAGGAAGCCUGAUGAAAACGAAAACUCGUGACGACGGUCUCUUGUGCACUGCACUGGAGAAGUUGUCAACGGCUCUUUAAUGCAGAGGAAAAAGUUGAUUAAAAAUGUUCUUUGUAACAUUAUUAGACUGAGGAGGGGACUAUGAUCAAGCAUCUGAAAUGACAAAACAAGAAAAACGAGGAGAGCCUAUGCAUAUGUGAUAAGAGCUUUAUUUUGGGGAAAAAAGAAGAAGUGUCUUUAUCUGAGAGAUCAGUACUUGUGUAAUUAUGUUUCUCAGGUGGGAAUUUAAUUGACUGUGAUGCACUUAAGUGUGUUAAGUUGUGAGAUGGUGAUAUGAUUACUUGUUGCUGGAUUCUUGUAUAUUUAUGAUCAGUUUUCAUCUGCUUACUACAGGGACAAAAUAGAAAACAAAGAUUAUUCUGCCUGAUUUAAGUUCAGCAGGAAACCCGUUGAUUUAAGUUAUAUUCCAUUCUUAAUAAGAUAAGCUGGCAUUUAAAAUGUAUAAACAUUCUCAUUACGAAUCUUCUUGUGCUGUUGAAUCACUUUGAGCUCUGCUUUUUACUUAGAAUUUUAUUAGUCAUGAAGUUGUCAAACAUGUUUAAGAGGAAGACUUUUCUCAACAGAAAAAAAACCAAAAACUUGAAAUGUUCAAGAGCACUUUGAUAAA